AGAAGGUUUCACUCCUCCAUCAUGCAAGCAGUCACAGAGCCAUAGAGCCAUGCAUGCAGCGGCCGAGUCAUCGGGUCAAAACCCGAACCCCACAGCCAGCCAGCCACAGACACAGACACAUUGUAUCAACGCAGAGAGAGAGAGAGAGAGGGAGAGAGGGAGUGCAGAGAGGCUGGAUGGCGCAACGCAGACAGGUCGCCCACCUACAGCCAUUGGGUAACGUCAGCAGCUGGUUUCUCUACAGAGUGGGCGACAUACGAUCUCCCUCUAUCACAGACAGCCAGAAGUCAAUUCGGGCAGCCAGCAGCCAAGACAAACACACACACAUGGACACCCAUACAGACAGAAGAUUCGAACACACUGUGGUGUGUGUGAGUACCUGUGGUGUUCUUGUAUUGAGCUGGGUUGAUCACUCACACAUCAAUCAAAUAAACACCACGCUGAUCCAUUGUCACCUGUCAAUCAAAUAAACACGCACGCCCUAUGUGAUGCGGAUGGACGUGAGGGUGUCUGGUGAGCUGUGCGUGUCUGCUUUCUUUCCUUCCAUAUCGAUGAGCUGUGCACCUCCGCCGUCGUCAUCCACAUCGUCACUCUCAUCGCCACCAUCACCGUCUGCACCACACACAGACAAGGCCCGUCCUGUGUCCAGCCAUCCACCCACCAAUUUGCCUCCCUCUGUCCGUAUUUACCAUCAUCACCGUCAUCCCCCUCCUCCUCUGGUGGCUCGAAUUGCUGUACUUGGGCGUCGAAGACGACUACUCGGCCGUCGAAAACGACUGCAGGUCCUCGCCCCAGCGCCUCACUGCCAAGCUGAGUGGUCAAGGGGAAGCGGUCCUUGAAGGCACCGCUCGCACACACAGGUGCCUCGGUCGUCUCGACGGCAACACUCACUGCGGACAGUCAGAAAGACCAAACACAUGAGAUUUGACCACCAGACUGCCUGUCUGUUGGCCUAACCGCUUCCGUCCCCAAAAUCCGAAGAAAUGAUAGUCCACGCGACGAAGGUGUGACUGCUGUUGGUCAGCACCAGCGCUCGCUCAUCACCGAUGUCACCUUUACGGCUGAGUGUGCUGGUGCAUCCGGCCACCAGUGUGUGGGGCGACUGGGUGAGGAGGCCAUCCAGACGGCCGCCAUCACCACGCCUGAACCAACCACAGACACACACACAAUCACACGCACACCUCUCUCGCCACUGGUGCAAUUGAUCUGUUACCUGUUGAGGGAUCUCCCUGUGCUAUUGGUCUGGUGAGUCUUGUCAAAGCGCUCGAGGAUCAUGUACUUGGCGAAUGACGACAACGACGCAUAGUCGUGUGGGAGACCGUCCGAUACCCAUCUGCCGUCCCAGUAGCGGAUGCGGCUAUGCACUGGUGGGUCAUGCUGCUGUCGGUGCUGCUGAUACAGAUGGCCACCGGGGAGGGUGGGCGGGCUGACGAACAGUCGGAAGCCGGGGAGGGGCGGGUUGACGAUCAGUCGGAAGCCGGGCUUGUCCUUGAUGGCCCGCACCUCACCAUUGCCAUAGGGGAAGAUCUGCAGGCGGCUGCCACCGAAGUCCACGUGGCGGCCGACCACCAUGAGCUGCGCCAACACACGGGGGAACGACAGGUACGCCUACACACGACAGACAGACCAGACAGACAGACAGGCAGGCAGACAGAAACAGAGGGAAUGGGGCCUCUCUGUUCUCUGCCCGCCCCUCUGUGUGGGUGCCUAACCGUCUUGUUGGGAUGUGUGUUGAUGUCAUCUGUCGUAAGGAUGACGGGCAGCGUGCAGUAGCCGCACUGUCCCCCCAGCUUAAUCACCUCGCCCAUCUCCACCCAGUUCCCCUCCUCCAUCACACACACAGCCGCCAGCAGAUCGUGUGUGCCGAACUGGUCAUCGUCGAACCGCACCAGCAGCAGUUGCUGUCCGUUGACCACCCGCCGCAGCCCCGCCUGUGAGCCGACAGAGUGGCGGAGGCGAUCUCUCAGCUGAGGCGCUUUGAAGAGCUCUCUGAGCGAUGUGCAGGUGCCUCUCAGCCGCAGUAUGUCUGUCAGGCUGAGCAGAUAGAAGGUGCGACGACCAACCAAGAUGUACGAGAAGGGAUGCUGCCGUUGCUGAUGCUGCUGAUCCGGUUGCAUCAUCGCGGCCGCCACACGAGAUGAAGCACGCAAGAAGGCC